GAAGGACGGGCGGAAGGGCAGGGCAGCGGCCGCCAUGUGCCAGGUGGGCGACGACUACGGGCCCGGGCCCGGCCCUGGCCUCGGCCCGAGGAGCCUCCCCAUCAGCGGUGAACGGAAGUGUAUGAAGUGCAAGGAGGGCCUGCCGGUCUUGAUCAUUCGAGCUGGAGAUGCUUUCUGCAAGGAGUGUUUCAAAGCGUAUUACAUUCACAAGUUUCGAGCCAUGCUUGGAAAGAACCGACUCAUCUUCCCAGGAGAGAAGGUCCUCCUCGCGUGGUCUGGAGGUCCGUCUUCAAGUUCGAUGAUCAGUCAAGUCCAAGAGGGUUUGAGCCGAGAGUCCGCUAAGAGGCUGAGGUUCGCGCCUGGGAUCGUCUACGUCGACGAGGGCGCAGUCUGUGGGCGGAGCCCAGAGGACCGAGAGAAGACCCUGGCCCAAGCGGAGUCCGUCCUGCAGACGACUGGUUUUCCGUACCACGUGGUCCCAUUAGAAGAGGUAUUUAAUCUGCCCGCAUCCGUCCUGCGGUGCCCAUCCAAGGACCCUCCAGGGUCUGGGCAUAACUACAAGGAAGCCGUAGAUGGCUUCAUUCGACAGCAGCGGCGACUCCGUGGAGGAGAAGGGGAAGAGGCCUUCUCGGGUGGAGAACCCGAGGUCCCGCCGAAAUCGCGGCAGGUCGGCACGCGGGAGCCGACGCGUCUGGAGGAGGAGAACGGGCUAAGCCCCUUCCCGGGGGGCAAGUCGCCGGCCACGGCCCACACUGCCGCCCUUACCCAGCUCUUCGGCUCAGCGAAGACGCUGACGGCCAAAGAGGAGCUUCUGCAGACUCUCCGGUCGCACCUGAUCCUGCACUUGGCCCGGGAGAAAGGCUACUCAAAGGUGAUGAUGGGGGACAGCUGCACUCGCCUGGCUAUCAAGCUCAUGACCAACUUGGCCCUGGGGAGAGGCGCUUUCCUUGCCCUGGACACGGGCUUCUCGGACUCCCGGCACGGAGACGUGGUGGUGAUCCGGCCUAUGCGGGAUCACACCCUGAAGGAGAUUGCCUUCUACAACCGGAUGUUUGCCGUCCCGUCGGUCUUCUCCGUGGCCAUAGAUACUAAGGCUCCCGAAAAGACCAGUAUCCACCGACUCAUGGAAGGCUUCAUUCUCAAACUCCAGGCAGAGUUUCCUUCCACAGUUAGUACUGUGUACAGGACGAGUGAAAAGCUGAUCCAGCCUCCCCCCGAUGGCCGGCGCCCACCCCUCCGCUGCCUCCUCUGCCAGUGCCACGUGGAUGUCGACAGAGACGGGACGGCCACCGCGUUCUGGGCCACCCAGAUCUCCGAGCAACUGUCCCGGAAGCAGCCGCGGCCCCCUCCGCCCCCGGCCGAGGCCCCGGGCUGGUCCUGCUGCUCCGGAGGAGCCGGGGACCCUCAAGGCUGUUGCAAGAACACGCGACCAGCUGCGCGGGAAAAGGACUCCAGGGCCAACUUCCUCCAGCUUCUUUGCUACAGCUGCCGCGUGACCAUGAGGGACCUGCCUUCGACGGAGUCCUUCCCUCCUUACAUCCUGACCGAAGCCCGGACCAGGAAUCACAGGGCCCGGGUGAAGCGGGAGAUCCAGGAGUUCUUACUUGAGGACAGCGAAGAGGAGGCGGAGUCCCGUCCAGAGUGAGAUCGCUCCGGCUUUUACGUCCCUCCGUCCCUCGCCUUCCCCGGCCCCACCUGGCAGGGCUCUGUCGGAGGGGUCGGGGGGGGGGGGGGGUGGCGCUCCCCACUUCUCUUUUUAUAGCUCCAUAAUAAAUUAUUUUCUUUGACUCU